AUGGCCACGCCUUACUGGGGCCAGCUGCCAGGUCCCAAGGUCAACAAGCACCGGCGCAUGUCUGAGGAUGAUGCAGGACCAAACUCUUCUGCGUUAGUUGAUCCCAACCACGGAUUCGACCCAAAUCCCAGACCUGCCGCCAAUCGCGCCUCUGGGCAGACUGUGGCUUCAGGAACUACCUUGACUCCCUUGGCGUCUCCUACAAAUUCGAGCGUGGCGCCAUACGGACUUGCUCCCAGACCGCCUUCCUACCAACGCCCACUCAUUGUCCCCGAAGAUCCCGAGCCAUCAGCGAGACCUCCCAUGAAGCAAGACUGGAAAGCCUCGGGAGGGAUUGACGACAUCUCGAACGCUCCCCCAGUCAGCUUUCGACAACCACAUGAGGAUCGUGAUACUGCACGAGUCGCCGAGAUGGACUACGCCGGGAACCAAGAGGUCUACAACAAUGGUGGCAGCUACGGCUCCUCCAAAAUGCCAAUGGCAGCGGAUCAUUCAAGACGAGCGUCUGCCGGCGCCUCAGGUCGUCGACGAAAGUCAGCAUUGACCAAGUCACCCCUCCAAAAGCUGGAGCUGACGCUCGAUAGUAUGACCAAGGAAGAAAAGCGCGCGCGCGUAGAGGCCGCCGAGAAGCGGGCAAGAAGCAGGCAACAGCGGGCUGCUGGUGUUGAGCCAUUCCAAGAGCCCGAGCCUGCGAUCCAAGAGCCAGUCGCGCAUGCCCGCAAGCCGUCCGUAACCUACUCCGACUCGAGAGCUGCUCCAGUCUCCGUACCUGGCCCGGCACAUCGGCACCAGCCAGGCCCCAGAGACGACGCCAAUCGGCAUAUACCGGCGGCCAAUGUACCAGCGCGGCGCCAUUACCUCGAAGGAAGUGAACGUGAUCCUGUUCAACAAUCGCAGCAAGCGACGAAGAGCCGAGUGCCCGCCCAUGUCCCUUCCGAGGAACCAUUCGAACCCGCGCUCCCGCAACGGAAUUUGAGCUUUCGAGAGCGCACAGCUCGGGACGACAUUCAUCUUCUCCCCGAGCGGGACGCGCAGCAGCCUCGGCAACAGGCACAGCCUUCCAGUGGUUUUUCUUUGAUACGCUCUGGCAGCAACAAGCUCAGAAAAGAGCCACCGGGGGAUCCAUGGGCACGAUCAAGCGCGGAAGCUGAACAGCUUGGCGCUGAGCCACGGAGAAGGGAGGACGCAAGUUUGCCUAGAAAAGCACCACCCAGUGCAGUAUCAGCACAAGGACACCUGCCGCAGCGAUUUCGGGAUAAGCAGUUGCCCCCGGAGCCUCAAGAUUUCAAGCGACACGCUACUGUAACAGCGCCGCGCAACGCUGUUCCUGCGUACGAGGACCAGCCAUUGCAGUCCGUUCAGAGGAGAGCCACAGAGCCUUCGCACAAGAGACAACAGGAUGAUGCGAGCUAUUUCCCACCGGUUGCUCGUCCCGAGGUAUUCAAGAUGCGAGGUCAACCUCACGAAGAUCCCAUCACACCCCAAUACGCAGCAGGGCGGCGCAAAUUGGAGAGGGAGGAUGAUCCUGCGGACGGAGAACCUCGCCAACAUCGUAUAUCCAAUAUGCUAUACAGAGACCGGCAAGACAUGGGGCCUGGUGAUGGGCUGUACUUGCCUCCCCAGUGGUUGACUGAAUGGCAGCGAGCGCCCGUUGGGCAGCUCGCAGGCUCUGCCCUCAAUUUGAUAAAAAAAAAGCCCUCAUCGCAGGACCAGAAUAAGGCGUGGUGGGAGGGUGGAAGAAGCAAUGGUACAUCACAGUCCAAACACCACAAAACCGAGACAACUGAGCCGGAGCACAACGAUCUCAACGGACCAACCCGAUUUCGGCCACCGCUGUACCUGGAAUGCGGUCCCUUGCUCCGCUACUGUGGCAUAGAGACCGAAAAGGCGGGACCAGUGGUGAGCAGGGGCGCCACGGACAGAGAACUCUGGCGUGGCAGCGUUAUGAUUGUGACCCGCGAUUCGGAGUCGUCCUACGAAAUACCGCCGAUAUUGCGCUUCUUCCUCCAGGAUCUCGAGUUGCUGCCGGCGGCGCCUCAUCACAUCAACGGGGAGCUGUCACCAGAGUACGUCGAUCCUAUCGCAGGACAUCCAAAGACAGGUCGCCGAGGGGAGACGCUUUUUGUGCGGCCUGUCGAUCACCUCGAGGAAGGUAGAGAUCUGUCCCACAUCGAGACCGACGAUGGCCUCUUUGAAACGUCGCGGAGUGCGCCCGAUAUGAUGCCUGGGGAUGACUCCUCCGACUACCCUGGCAGCUUUGCCAGUCGCAUGAAGCGUGCUGAGAUGGAUGGCGAGAAGCUUGGCAAAUUCGCAGAGGUCAAGGGCUUCCGACUUCAUGCUGAGAGGGGCUGCACAUUCUGGCGCUUCAACAUUGAAGUUGAGCUGCGGGAGAGGCAGCAACGCAUUGCUUAUCGCAUCAACAAGGGACCAAGCAAUGCCUUCUGGGUACCAGCUCGCGGCCACAGCAUGAACACCAUGUUUCACAGUUGCAAUGGCUUCAGUCUCGAUGCGAACCCGGAUGCGCUCAGCGGCCCGGAUCCCAUGUGGAGGGACGUACUGAACAAUCACCAGACCACGCCGUUCCAUGUAAUGGUUGGUGGCGGUGACCAGAUCUACAACGAUGAUGUUGCUGAGGAGUGUGACCUCUUUAUCGACUGGCUUGAGAUCAGGAAUCCACUGAACAAGCACAAUGCGCCAUUAACACCAGAGUUGCAGGCACAGCUGGAGGAUUUCUAUUUCCGCCGCUACUGUCGAUGGUUUUCCAUGGGUCUGUUUGGUCUGGCCAACUCGCAGAUCCCCAUGGUCAACAUCUGGUCUGACCGGGAGAGCUUCGAUGGAUUUGGCUCCUAUCCCCACAGGGACAUGAACUCGCCGGUCCUGUCUGGCUUGGGUGCCGUUGCUUUCAAAUAUUACAUGCUCUUCCAACACCAGAGCAUCAUUCCGGAAACCGAAGAGACGGAGCCCAGCUGGAUUCUAGGCUCGGAGCCGGGCCCUUAUGUCAACGAGAAGUCACGCAGUGUCUAUGUGUCGCUCGGCUCAAAACUAGCACUCUUAGCCGCAGAUUGUCGUACUGAACGCACAGAGGACGACGUGAUCAAGGACGACACGUGGGAGAAAAUCAUGAACAGGCUGUACGCCGAGGUGAGAAGGGGCCACGUUGAGCAUCUGCUCGUCGUUCUGCCGAUACCAAUCGCAUACCCCCGGCUAGAGUGGUUGGAAAACAUCCUAACUUCACGUGCUCUCGGUCCUGUCAAAGCCUUGGGCAGGAGGGGUCUGCUGGGCAAUGCCCUGAACAAGAUCGACAGCGGUUCAGAGGUGAUGGACGAUCUCCGCGAUCAUUGGACGGCGAAGAACCACAAGCACGAGCGCAGCAUCGUGGUCGAAGAUCUUCAAGAUCUUGCUAUCGACAAGUCGCUGCGUGUCACGAUACUCAGCGGUGAUGUGAAUAUGGCCGCUGUUGGCCAAUUCUACUCCAAUGCCAAGCUCAAGCUGCCCAAGCAUAAGGAUCCUCGCUACAUGCCCAAUAUCAUCUCUUCGGCCAUUGCAAACGCGCCACCACCAGACAUCAUGGCGGACGCGCUGAACAAGCGCGAUAAAAUCCACCAUUUUGACAAGCAGACCGACGAGAGCAUGAUUCCCCUGUUCCAUCAUGGCGUUGACGGCAAAGCGAGGAACAACAAGAGGCUGCUGCCACACCGCAAUUGGUGCUCAAUAAGGCAAUGGGUGCCUGGCACAACACCGCCUCCAACGCCUCCGCUUCUAGCCGCUGAUUCUCCCGCCAACGAAGCGCCUGGAGGCGGAGGCGGUCUUCUGCGAAGGUUGUCGCUGAGCGGAGGGGUCAGGCCUGACACCCCGAAAGAAUCUGUGGACCGCUCGCGGCCACCUGUUGCCGGCGGCGGUCUACUGCGGACCAUCUCUCGUCGGCUGUCUCGCAGUGGCUCGCAGGAUGGCGUGCGGCCGAAGAAGCUAGUAAGAACAAUGUCCCUGGAUCGAGAGCAAGGGGGAGCAGCGCAGCCGGCAGAGAAGCGAGGACUCUUUGGCUUUGGGCGACGUGGUAGCCUGCGCCGCCCUGAUGACGGUGGCAUCAACGGGCAAUGGGGCGAUGAUGAGCCUCGCCAGUCCCAGGAGUAUUGGGAAGAAGAGCCACUGCCACAGAAGCGCGGCUUAUUCAGCAGCAUUGGAUUACGAGGCGGUGGUUUGGACGAUGAAUACUCAGACGGCGACGAGUCCCGAUUCACAGCUCAGCCGCCUCGGCGUGCACAGACUAUGCCUAUGGGCGCACAGCGCACUGAGGGGGAGAUACCGCCCCAGGCUUUGCGACAAUUCCACCGCACGCCAACCGGGCUCUCCACCAAGCAGCUGCGGAAGCCAGGGAACCACGAGAUUGACCUGGAAGGAGGGCUGGAUAUCUGUCUGAAUGUCGAGGUUAACCCCCGCGACCCCACGGGCAUCACAGUGCCUUACCGCCUGCUUGUCCCCAAGCUGUUCUAUGAGUACAGCCCUGAGGAUGAGGAGGAUGGUCCGGUAGAAGAGCCAGCUACUGGGGGUGCGUUCAAGCGGCUCUUGAGUUUCAAGAAGAAGGAAAGGCCAGUAGGGGCUGUGCCAUUGCAGGACGAGAGGGACGAGGACAUUGACGCGCGCGACGAUCGAUUCUUUGAGCAAAGGAGAUGA